AUGGAAAAUAUGAAAGUUGACAAGUUGCACUGCUGGCGCAGCUUCUUGAAUUUUCGCUAUUUUAACGCGAAGCAAGAAAAGCACAGAGCUGUUUCACAGCAUAUACGAGCGGGAGCCAGCCAUCAGGGGCAUACCCACCCCACACGUGAUAACCCAGCGUAA